AUGGAAUACCAUGUUAAACAACGAAAACAACAACAACAAAGUCUUAUCCCUUUAGUAUUCAUGAUGCCAAGUCCCGGCAAGGGUCACCUCAUUCCAAUGAUUGAGUUCUCCAAAAAACUCACUAAAAAUUACGAUAUAGGGGUAACUAUUAUUAUCCCCAGUAAUAAUCCUCCUACAGAGGCGGAAACCACCAUGCUCCGCCACAUCAACCACAUCUUUCUCCGGCCGGUGCCACUUUCUGGCCUCCCAUCUACCACCAAAAUUGAGCUUCUCAUCUCACACACCAUCCAUCAAUCUCUCCCUUCUAUUCGCCAAACCCUACACUCCAUCACCUCCUCCAGCCGCCACCGUGUCACUGCCUUUGUCGUUGAUCUCUUUGGCACUGAAGCAUUUGACAUAGCAUCCGAAUUCAACAUACCCUCUUAUAUCUUCUUCACUUCCACUUCCAUGUUCUUGUCCUUCUUCUUCCACCUUCCACAAUGGAAAGCAACUCAAUGUGAAUCUAAUGGCUCAACCGAACUGGUUCAAAUCCCGGGUUGUGUCCCAAUUCAUAUAAAAGACCUAGCUGAUGGGCUUAAAGAUGAUGAAAUUCUCAAUGUGAUCAUUCAACAUGCUAAGCGGUUUAAGUUGGCUCAAGGAAUCAUUGAGAAUAGUUUUCUUGACCUUGAACCGGGUACCAUCAAGGAAUUGCAAAAGGUUAAACCGGGUAGGCCUCCGGUUUAUCCGGUUGGACCGUUAGUUAAUAUGGUUAAUGAUCAAACCAAGAUGCAUGGGAACAAUAAUGAUAAUGCAUGUCUAAGGUGGUUAAAUGAACAGCCACGUGGCAGUGUCUUAUUUGUGUGUUUUGGAAGUGGUGGAACCUUAUCCAGUGCUCAAAUUGAUGAGCUGGCACUAGGGUUAGAGAUGAGUGAACAAAGGUUUUUAUGGGUUAUCAAAAACCCUAAUGACAAGGAUUCUAGUGGGUCUUUUUUCAAUGUGAAUAAUAUCCUUAAUGAUCCUUUGAACUUUCUACCUAAAGGAUUUGUAGAAAGAACUAAAAGGAAGGGACUAGUGGUGCCAAAUUGGGCCCCACAGGCCCAAGUCUUGGCCCAUGAAUCCAUUGGUGGAUUUUUAACUCAUUGUGGUUGGAAUUCUAUUCUUGAGAGUGUGGUUAAUGGGGUACCCUUAAUUGCAUGGCCACUAUAUGCCGAGCAAAAAAUGAAUGCCGUUUUGAUCACUAGAGAUAUGAAGGUAGGGUUAAGGCCAGAGAUUGGUGAAGAUGGUUUGGUAGAAAGAGAAGAGAUUGGUAGUGUUGUGAAGAGGUUAAUGGAAGGAGAAGAAGGGAAGAAACUUCGUUAUAGAAUGAAAGAACUUAAAGAGGCAGCUAUUGAAGUUGUUGGGGAAAAUGGGUCUUCAACUAAACAAAUUGAAGAGUUGGCUCUCAAGUGGAAGAAGGUCUAAGAUAAUUAUUGUAUAAUUAAUUUAAUUAGCUCAAUUCAAAUGUCCAUAUCCCAUUAUUACUUUGUGUUGUCUUCAGUUAUAUAAAAUUGUAAGGUAUUCAUUUUAUGCUUUA